AUGGAGCGCAGGGAGCGCGCUGCAGGAAAGGGAGCGUGCAGGGGAGCAUGCAGGAGGAGGACGGAGUGUGCAGGGAGCACGCUGCAGGAGAAGAGCGUGCUGCAGGACGAGGCCGUGCAGGGGAGCGUGCUGCAGGAGAGGAGCGCGCAGCAUGAAAGGGGAGCGUGCAGUGGAGCACACAGCAGGAGAGGGAGCGUGCAGGAAGAGAGGAGCCUGCAGCAAGAGGAGAGCGGGAGCGUCAUGCCCAAGACCCUGGAGGGGCAGAUCACCAUGGAGAAGACCCCCAGCUACUUCGUGACCAACGAGGCGCCCAAGCGCAUCCACUCCAUGGCCAAGGACACCAAGCUCAUCGUGGUGGUGCGGAACCCGGUGACCCGGGCCAUCUCCGACUACACGCAGACGCUCUCCAAGAAGCCGGAGAUCCCCACCUUCGAGGUGCUCGCCUUCAAGAACCGGACCCUGGGGCUCAUCGACGCCUCCUGGAGCGCCAUCCGCAUCGGGAUCUACGCCCUGCACCUGGAGAACUGGCUCCAGUACUUCCCCCUCUCCCAGAUCCACUUUGUGAGCGGGGAGCGGCUCAUCACGGACCCAGCCGGGGAGAUGGCCAAGGUGCAGGACUUCCUGGGCCUCAAGAGGAUUGUCACAGAGAAGCACUUUUAUUUUAAUAAGACCAAGGGGUUCCCCUGCCUAAAGAAGCCGGAGGACAGCAGUGCUCCCCGGUGCUUGGGCAAGUCCAAGGGCCGAACUCACCCCAAAAUAGACCCCGACGUCAUCCACAGACUGCGCAAGUUUUACAAACCCUUCAACGUCAUGUUCUACCAAAUGAUCGGCCAGGAUUUUCAGUGGGAGCAGGAGGAGGGCGACCAGUAG